AUGAAGAAUCUCUCCUAUUUUACCUUGUUCAACGUUUUUCUCAUUUUCGUGAAUGGCCAACUUGAGUCACAAGACAAUGGCAAUUCGACAGAAGCGACAAAGGAACCAAUGUUACCGAUUAGCUCUCCCCCGGUUCCACCAGUGAUUCUCUCAAACGCUCAUACAAACGAUGUUUUGCAUUGUCCGAUGAUGAACGAUGCUAUCUCUUCUUGUGAUCAAUCAAACAUUUUCUACUAUUACGAGUGCUGCGGAAAGUUGAAUAUGUAUUGUUGCUUGAAGUUUCGGGAAUGGUUUUGGAUGUCGGCAGCGAUUCUGGGAUCAGUGGCGAUCAUUGCUUUCAUCACUAUAAUCAUUCGAUGUCUUUGUUGUAGAGCUCGUGCCAGCAGCUACGACUUU